AUGAAGUUGUCCCAUUUUUUGAAACUAUUCUUAUGGUUUCUUGCUAUUAGAUCAUUCCAAUUAUCCAUUGUUUACAUAACACCAGCACAGUUCGAUAUAAGUUCUACAACUUAUGAAAUCACCAAUUCAUCAACACUGAACUCAAUUUUCAAUAAAUUUAUACAUUGGGAUAAUGUAUAUUUCCAUAGAUCUUUCAACGAGGGUCCUUCUUUUGAGCAUGAAUGGGUUUUCGGUCCUUUAUGGUGGAGAAUCAUAAACAAGAUUCCGUAUAAUGGUGAUAAAUUUUUAAUUGGAAUCAUUUUUGCAAAUGUUUUGAAUUUUGCAACAAUGAUGAUGGUUUAUGAAUUAACUUUUUUAAAAUUUAGAGAUCCAUUAAAGAGUUAUCUAAGUUCAAUUUUUUUCAUAAUUUCACCAAUGGGUAUAUUUAGUAUGACUCCAUAUUCUGAAAAUUUAUCAAAUUUUUUAAUAAUAUUUGGGUUAUAUUUAUAUUAUCAAAGAUCAACAAUAUGUUAUUUAUCAUCAUCCAUAUUAUUCAGCUUUUCAGUAAUGACAAGAUCCAAUACAAUAAUCAUUGGGUUUUUAUACCUUUAUGAUUUUAUCACCAAUCAAUCAAUAAUAUCAUUAAAUUCAGGAUUAAUAUUAGCAUCAUCAUUAUUCAUACUUAAUUAUAUUCCAUAUUUGAAUUUCUGUCCCGAAAGAGGUGAAUGGUGUGAUUAUACAAUCCCAUCACUUUAUUCAUUUGCUCAAUCAUAUUAUUGGAAUGUUGGGUUUUUGAAAUAUUGGAGUGUUAAUAAUAUUUUCAAUUUUGUUAUCGCAUCACCAAUGUUGAUCUUGUUAUAUAAAUCAAUUUCAUCAACAAGGGAUUUGAAAUUGAAAGUUAUAACAUUGUUGCAUUUGAUUUUAUGUGUUUUUUUCAUACAUGUUCAAAUCGUUUUAAGAAUUUCAGGUUUCAUACCUAUAACUUAUUGGUAUUUAUCAGAUUUGAUUAUGAAAGGCCAAGGUUCACGAUGGAUAUUAUAUCUAGUCAUUUGGAUACCAUUACAAGCUACAUUAUUCAGUUCUUUUUUACCACCUGCAUAA